UUCUUACCCGUUGUAAAUUUACGAUGUUUAGAGUACACGUUAAAAGUAGUUGUAUUUGUGAACCGUUUACAUAGUUAAAAGUAGACCCGUUUAGGUUGUUAAGAAACUAGGUAUCUAUCUUAAUGUCAAAAUUCGAUACUUUGAUGCCAGAUGCUGGAAAACAACUUGUGACAACAGCAAUGUCCACAAUUAAAUGUGUGGUAGUUGGAGAUGGAGCCGUGGGUAAAACCUGCCUUUUGGCUUCAUUUACAAACAAGUUCCCAUCAGAACCAACAGUGUUUGAUAACCAAGCUGUGACUGUAAUGGUUGAUGGUGAACCGUAUACCAUUAGAUUAUUUGAUGCUGCAGGUCAGGAUCAAUUACGACCCUUAUACUAUCCCCAAACAGACGUCUUCCUAGUUUGUUUCUCUGUAGUUUCUCUGUCCUCCUUUGAAAAUGUCAAACAAAAGUGGGUGCCUGAGAUAACUUAUCACUCUCCGAAAACCCCCUUUCUGCUGGUUGGAACUCAGAUUGACCUUCGAGAUGAUCCUGUAACUAUUGCAAGGCUUUCAAAAAACAAACAAAAGCCAAUCAAACCAGAGACAGCUGAAAAACUAGCCAGAGACUUAAAGGCUGUGAAAUAUGUUGAAUGCUCUGCUCUAACGCAGAAAGGACUCAAGAACGUAUUUGAUGAGGCGAUAUUAGCAGCUCUAGAGCCUCCAGGAUCCCAGAAGACAUGCAAAUGUGUGGCUUUAUGAAUUGGACAGAAGACAAAUCUGGGUGUAAAUUAAUAGGAUUGUUUUA